AUGAUUUUGGCCGAUUCGCUGGCCACUUCAAUUCGAGCCGACCGGGAGCAAGACACGGACAUGCCGUUCCCUGCCAGUGACUUGGCUCUACCGGUACUGUUCCUCGAGUUUCCCUUCCACAUUCGGCGGGUCGUUGGGUGGAGUGAGGUCUUGGUGAAGAAACAGAGUUCAAUCCAAGCCGCCGAAGGACUUAGCGUACACGAUUGCUGUGCAGAUCAUCAUGCGAAGUUGGCGCUUGGGUUUGGGAGCGGCGUCCCAGGUUGA